AUGGAAGUUUUAUCAGCCAUUGUCUUUUUGGUGGUCGCCACAGCGGCUAACGGUUUUAAUUUCUGCCCCAAAAUACAAGAAGUCGACUGGGAAAUCGAACUGCUUUUACCACACUGGGAAUGCAACAAAUUCUACCAAUGCACCCACGGCAAACCAGUAGAGAUGGUUUGCCCUAAAGGACUCUACUUCAGUAUUAUCAAGAAUAAAUGCGACUGGAGAUACCUCGUGAAAUGUGGCGAUAGAGUUGUACUCGAUAAACCAGACCUAGAAAUAGAGCUUGAAAUACCAAAAACUACAGAAUCACCAGAAAAAAAUAAUACAAUUAUAGAGCCUCAGAAACCCGAAUUACCAGAAAUUGAAUUAUUGCCUAAUGGAUGUCCAGUCGACCCUGAAGUGCACUGGUUGUUGCCGAAUGAGAAAUUUUGCAAUUUGUUCUACUAUUGUGUGGAUGGAGAGAGAGAACUUAGUCGUUGUCCAUUCUGGUUACACUUCAAUAGAAAGCUUCAGGUGUGCGAUUGGCCGAGGAAUUCUGGAUGCAUAGAAGUGUUCGCUGAAUAA